AUGGAGAAAAUCCUGUCAGUCAACCACAUCCUGCAUCUCACAAGAGCAAGAUCCAUGGCCUUGGCAAUGGCAGCUACGAGUUAUACAACUCUUGCUCCUCCUUCGCAGCUCCAACCACCAUUAACGGUUGCGAAUUUCGGGAACGAGAGAGCCACAGCGAUGACAAGAAUCAACAUGAGACCCCCAAAUUCGAUCCAAAUGAGGAACUUGAGUACUACCAGUGAUCAGAUUCCGAACAAGGAUUCACCCGUCGCACCUUCAGCCGGUAACCCCUGCCAUGAUCUCUUUUACAACGUCAUCGAACCAUACGAGUACAAAUCCAAGAACAAGAAAAACUUAGAGAGAGAGGCCGAGGUGGACGCUUCAUGUGCAUAUCUGAAGCAACUGCUGCCGCUGGCCUGGUCCCAUGAUCCCUUGACCACCCUCAAGAUCAUUGCUCACCUAAUUCACGGCAGACUUUAUUGGGAAGGGUUUUACACGGCGGCAUACUGGCUCCACCACAACCACCCCAAGACCCUAUUGUGCUACGCAACAUUUGCCAAGUCGAUAGGGGAAUUGUUUGAACUUCCGGAGAUUCUGUACCGUCUUCUAGAAGACCAAGACGGGAGAAGGGGGAGUGAGAAGAAGACCCUCGCCAUGGCCAAGAAAGCUAUUGAGAGGUACAAGCGUGACCCGGAUUAUAAGUUGUUAUACGACGAGGUCACGGAUGUUUUUGCAGAAUCCUUGAAGUCUGAUCUUGAAAAAUUGAAGCAGCAAAAUCUUAAGCGUGAAUAUCAUGGUGAUUAUUUUGAUGAUAGUGAUGAUGAUGAUGAUGAUGAUGAGAACUGUGAGAAGAUAAGUGAUGCUGCAUACAGUUGCGUUUUCAACCGCCACUAUACCUGGGUCCCAAUCCGCGCCACUUUUCUGUGUGAAAACAUUGCAAGGAAGGUUUUCCCGCAGGAAUCAUAUCCAGUAUACCAAGGUGCUAAGGAGGCCGAUUACACAAGAAGAGUCACCGACCGGCUUAGGAAGGAGUUUUUGAAUCCCUUGGAGAAGUACUACAGCUCUAUUAGCACCCAUAUGGGAUUUGGAAGGAUGCCCCUUAAUGUUGAAAAGUAUUUGGAGGAGGUGAAAGCCGACAAGUCCAAGAUUGUGGCCAAUGCUUUACUUCCACAUGAGGUCCUACGCUAUGUGAAUCAUUCGAAUUUAAGGCAAGCAGCUGAGCUUCAGUGGAAGGCGAUGGUGGAGGACAUCUACUUAAAGCAAGGGAAAUUCAAAAACUGCUUGGCUGUAUGUGACCCUGGCAAGACAUGGAUAAGGGGGCUCCAGGAGGAUGUGUCAUCUGCGUUGGGAAUUUUGGUUUCUGAAUUGAGUGAAGAGCCAUGGAAAGGAAAAGUGAUCAGUUUCAGUAAGUCGCCUGAGCUGCAUCGGAUACAAGGGGAUGAAUUUAGGUACAGGUGCGAGUUUGUUAAAAGGAUGGACAGCAACAGCUCGACUGAUAUCAAGAAGGUGUUUGAUUUGAUUCUCGAGGUGGCUGUGAAUGAGAAUUUGGAGCCAGAGCAGAUGAUCAAGAAGGUGUUUGUGUUCAGUCACCAAGUCUUUAAAAAAGAGGAUUAUCCCUAUGGUGACUGCUGCUCGAAGUCGGAUUAUAAGGCAAUACAAAGGAAGUUUACAGAGAAAGGAUAUGGAGAUGUGGUGCCACAAUUAGUGUACUGGAACUUGGCAGGUAAAUUCUUUCAUGAUGACGGAAGGCCAUUGAUCCCUUAUACACAACCAGGGGUGACGACAGUGUGCGAUUUUUCCAAAAAAUUGCUCAAAACUUUCUUGGAAAAUGAUGGGGAAAUUGGCCCGGACAAGGUCAUGGAAGCCGCCAUAUCCGAUGAAGAGUACCAGCAGCUGGCUGUAAUUGACUGA